ACACUUCCGGUGAGAAGAGAGUCGGAACGCGGCGGGGACGUGCCUGGUCCGCGGGGAAGGGGAGGCGGCGGACAGGUUUCCGGAAGUUGCUGCAAGCGGGAGCUGGCAGCUAUGACUGAAGAAGCCAACACACAUUUUCUACAGAGCUGUCGCUCUGUCAAGAAGAAAAAGAAGAAAAAGAGAAAUGGAGAGCACACUGAGAGCCUUGCGAGUGAUGGAGACAAAUGUGAGUUGAGCAUAGAUGCCUGCUGUCCUUCUCCUGUGCUUUCUGAAGAUCAAGGUUCACAGAGCAGUGAGUUGCAGAAAAAGAAGAAAAAGAAAAACAGGAAAAAGAAUCUUGCCACAAGUCUAGAUGAUUCUCUUAUUUUGUGGGAGGAUGAAAUUAAUAAUGAGGCUGUAAUAGAUGCUUCCCAAGAGAAAAAGAAGCAAAAGAAACAGAAGCACAAAAAAAGCAGCAGCCUGCAUGAGGAAAACAGUGUAUUAUACAUCUCAGAAGACAAUAAUGCUAGCAGCCUGGACCCUUUAGGGAAUGUCGAUUGUGUAAUUGUACCUACGAAGACGAAAAAAAGAAAAAAGAGUUUGUCAGAGGAACAGGAUGAGGUGAAGGAACUGCUUGUUUUUGAUGAAUAUGCUUCCAAAACGCAAAAAAAGAAAAAAAAGAGGGGACAGACCAAUCUCAGUCAUACACAAGAAGCCACAGAUGAAAACUCGGCAUCAUUACUUCUGUCAUGUGCAAAACAAAAUUCUACCUCAUUGCGAGAGGUAAAAAAUAAGAUGGCAAAGUUGAGGUCACCUACAGCAGUGCCCAGAAAGGGUUAUAGAGGUGGAGAGUCUUCCGAUCAGGCAGUCUCAGAAGCUACAGAAAUUGUUUUUGGAUUUAAGGAAGGUCCCAUGGAUAUUCCCACUGCUAUUCCUCAGGUUACUUCAGGAGCUGAUAAUGGCUCUUCUGAAGAAGCCUUGGUGCCAGUUAGAAAGAUUAAAAAGAGACGGAGAUCAAGCUUGCAACAAGUACCAUCAGAACCUGAGAAAAAAUUACCAGUGUCAGUGGCAUUUAAAAAUGAGGAAGACCAGAAUGUUUCCCUUACUGAAUAUGCAGACUCUGAAAUCUCCAUGUUGAAAAAUGAAGAGUUCCUGGAAUUUAGCCCACAGCCGCAGCUGCAUUUGGAGGCUGCAAAACAGGAACUGGAGGAGUUUAUUCCUCACGUGAGAAAAAUGUCAGAUGAAUCUAUCCUGAAGAUGGCUGGAACAGACCUGACCAGGUUCAAAAAAUUUAAGAACAAAGGUGUUGCUGUCAAGUUUGGCAGGUUUUCUAAGAAGGAAAAUAAUCGGAUACAGAAAAAUGUUGAAGACUUUUUAUCACUUACAGGACUAGAAAGUGCGGAGAAACUAUUAUUUACUUAUAGGUUCCCAGAAGAGAAACAAAGCAUCACCAAACUGAAAGUAACAUACAGAUUUUGUGAGAAACUUGCUAAGGGAAUUCCUCGACCUUGGAGACUGAUAUAUGCGCGGGCAAGGAAGAUGUUUGACCCAAGCAACUAUAGAGGCCGGUAUUCUGAGGAGGAGAAAGAACAAUUAAAGAGAUAUCAUGCUAUACAUGGCAACAACUGGAAGAAGAUUUCUGGGCUGAUGAACCGUAGCAACCUCUCAGUUGCUCUCAAGUAUUCUCAGAUGAAGGCCCAAAUUAAUGCCGGUCCCUGGAGUAAGGAGGAGACCGAGAGGCUAAUUAAAGCGGUAGAGGAGAUAAUUCAGGAACGGGCCAUGAAGGAAGACUCAGAUUCUCUUCUCUUGGAAAACUCGGAAGAAACUCUUUCAGUUGAGCGUGAAAAACUCUACAAGAACCUACCUUGGAUUGAGAUACAAACCAAAGUAGGAACUAGACAUUGGAGACAGUGUAAAUCUAGGUGGCUUUCAGUUCUAACGAAGAAGAUGUCCAAUGGGGAGGCGGUAUGUCAUGGGACAAAAGGGUUGCGAGCUAAAAUCAAUCUCAUUGAAAGGUUGUAUGAAAUGAAGGUGGAAGAUGCUAAUGAAAUAAACUGGGAAGAACUCAGCAGUGUCAUUGGAGAUGUCCCUGAAGCGUAUGUUCAGGGUACAUUUUCCAGGCUAAAGGCUACGUAUGUCCCCUUCUGGCACACAAAGACUUUUCCUGAAAUUAUCGAUUACCUUUAUGACGAGACAAUUCCAUUGCUUCAGAGAAAGUUAGAAAAAAAGCGAGACAGACUUCCUUCUGAAAAUUUAACUUCCAGCCAACAGAAAAAGCUUUUCCGAAUCAGCGAUAUCUUUGACAGCAAAGAAGAGGAUAAGAACCCUGGUGGCAAUAAUUGAUUGUUAUUAAAGGCACUCCCUUUUCCCCCAUAUCCAAAAUGCCAAAUUUUGGUCCUCUUGAAUCCAGGAUUAGAUGAAGGGCUAAUAUAUAUAUAACUAUGAAAUAACUGUCAAAGCAAAGGCAUUUCUGCAUAUUUCUGUUGUUUUAUGUGGAAGUGUGUGAAGUUUAUUUUGUUUUAUUUUAGGCAGCAUCUUUGUUAUAUUUUUUUUUCCUUUUUUGAGGAACACACUAGCAUAUUUUAAUGCUGUAUUUACUACACAUUGGGCAUAUCUACAGGUACAAUUAAUGUGCCCUGGAGUUUAUUCAUGUGCAGCACGUGGAUGGCAGGCUGACCUCUGGGUCUCCUGCUAUCCUGGGCUGCUCCAGCCGAGCUCCAUGUGCUGUGGAGUGGCUGGUUGAGGCAUGAGGAGGCUUCAGUGUGGGGGCUACCUGCUGGCUAGCCCUGCACUGAAGCGUCCUGUGCUCUAGCCAGCUGGGGCAACGUCUACACGUGCACUGCUGCGCAUGAAAAACACCGCAGCGGGUAAUACUUGUAAUUACAAGUACUACCCGCUAAUUACAAGUACUACCCUGCUACUGAGUUUGUUUCAUGCAUCCCAAUAGGGGCGCAUGUGUAGAUGCUGAGAAUGUUUACUGCAAAAUUAAUUAGUCAACUGUGCAGUAAAUGUCAUGUGUAGAUGUGCCCAUUUGGUAACAAACCUAUGUUAAGCCUCUUUGCUUGACUUUGGUAUCACCACCCUAAAGUUUAAUUUAGAUCUUUUAAAAAAAAAAUGUUUAAGUCCAUUUGUUCUAAGUUUAUGCAAGCAGAAAAAAAAUUGCUUUUCUGCAUAUGUGUUACAACAAACCUUCAGUCAGUAGCUUAGGUAACUUGAAGGGACCUCCUGUUUUAAGAGAGAAUAAUCUUAUCUGGAGAUAAUCAUUGCAUUUUAGAGUUGAAUUAGGACUUUUUAGACCCUUUGUUAAAUGUUUUCCACAUGAUUGAAAUAUGCUGGUUAUUAGUAGCAUCAAUUUGCUGUUGGCCAGACUGCAGAGAAGUAAUUGUUGCAUAGCUCAUAUAAGUUGUUAACACUGGUAGUGAUUAUAUGGUCCCAUCCCUUCACGCCCCUGUUUGGCCUUUGUUCUGGCUGGUUGAGGCAAAUCCAUUUUAUGGUAAAGUUUUAUAUAAACUCAGUUGAUUUUUUUUUUUUUUUGAUGCUAUAAAAAUAGCCAGAAAACUAAAGUGUAAAAACUGACUGAUUUGAACAAGAUUUUCAGAAAAAAUAUAAUUAUGUUGGCUGCUAUAGGAUAAGUUAUCAAAAGCUUAUUACAAAAAUUAUGAAGCAUUACCAUUUAACUAGUAGUCCAGAAGCAGUUUUAAUUUCUUCAGAUUUUAUGAGAGCGCAAUAAUAGUCUCUUGGACACAUGAUGUAUGUACUGGAAGUGCUUUUUAUGGGUGUGUUUCCCUCUCUCUAACUAGAAGUGUUGACUUUGGUAAAUAAAGCCUUGGUUGUUAUUUCUGAAUGGUUUGUCUGCAUAUGAAAGUACUCGUGCAUAAGGCAGGGUGUGAAUUUAGCUAUAUCAGGUUAAGUUCCAUGUGUGUGUAUGCUUAUUCCAGAACAAGUAUGUCUCUGUGGAUUUAGCCUGUUUCACAUCUCAAGGGCACUGUUUUAGGUGCUUCUGUUAUCUUACAUUGUUAGCGGGGAAUUGCAGAGCUUUAAACUGUAGUUUUACCAGCUUUUUUGUUCUUCAUGCAGUUGUAUUAUAUGUUGUAAAAACUAUUAGUACUUUUGGUUCUAGGGUUAUUCUGUUUUGUAUCUGCUAAACAAGAAAGGCUUAUAUAUAUUAAAAUGCUGUAUUACAGUAGUUAAAACGCAUAUAUGAGCAAACCAGAAUUAUGGAUGUAGGACUUGAAUAUUUUUGAUAUAGCAAAUGCAGAAAGCAAAUAGUUAAUGGGUCAUAUGUGCUAAUUUGUUUUCCAUGGAACUAUUAAUAUUAACAUGAAUAUGUUAAUAUGAAAUGAAUGUAGAUGCCAUUUUUACCUGUCUGCCAGCUGUUUUCAGCUGCUCCUACAAUUUUCUGUGACUUGAUAAAGUGACUGUAAAUAAUUGUGCCUGUUUAGGUAAAGUUUAAAGUUUUGUAUGAUAUAUGUGCCUUUUCUUUUUUUUUUUAAAUAAAGCCUGGUCAAAAAAAUAAAUAUCCAAGGAGCUUUGCUACUUCUUAUGAA